GUAGUGUAAUUCCACCAGAGUCAAUAUCCUUCCCGAUUGCGUCCGAAAUAAAACAGAAUUUGUUCCUGAAUGAUCACAAACAACCAGAGAGGUAUGAGAUUCAAUUAUGUAAUGCGUUAAAAAUGGAAUCUUCUUGGGAGAAAUUUAAACUUUGCAUAAAAGUGCAAAUUGAGGGGUUCUUUCCUAAGGAUAUGAAAGGAGAAUAUGAUUUUACGAAAUGGCUUUCUCCUCCCCUAAUGCAAUUUGUCUUCACGAAGGAGCUUACACUUCUACAGAGCGUUCUGCAGAUGCGUGGUUAUGUUUUGGAAUACGAUGGAGUACAGAUCGACGUGAUGCAUGUGUCCAGAAAAAAACUGAUAACCCUACAGUGGGUGUCAAAUGAUGUAUGUAAUGUGAUGUCAGGGUUCAUCACCAGGUACGACGCACGACCAAUUUUAUUGCCGGUAGAUUUGGGUAAAAUCAAAUUUAAGAAACUGCCCUUGGAGGAUGUCUUAGUUACCCGGCACAAGUCGAGGAGCUGUUACUGGCUGAGUGGAGUAGGGGAGGACGUUGACAAGGCAUACAGCAUUGUACAAAGUCACCAUCCCUCUCUCUGGACUUUACCUGGUGGAGUAUCAUUCAAGAUUGAAAAUGACUGGAAAGACAUCGAAAUAUCAAUAACGUUAGAGGACAUGCUUCAGCCGUGUCGGCUUUUGAUUGAACCGUCUCCAUUCAUUUCCCGUCCAAAACUCCAUUUUGCUGAUACAAGGCAACCCAUUUACAAAGCUCUGAAGUCCGGUGAAGACCAAUCUUCACCAGAAAAAGUAGAUCAACUGGAAUCACUCAUUGUUGAAACAAUCAACUCUUUAGUUGAGGUCACAUCAAAGUUCGAUGCGAGGGCUCUAAAAGUUACCAGUCGUGCAUAUGAUACAGAGUUUAGACGUCCUAAGUCGUAUGGCAACGUUAGCUGUUACUGGGAAGAAGAUUAUUCAGUUGUCUGGGUAACAGGAACAAAAAUUGACGUCACCUCCGGCUUUGAAAAUAUUCAACUUUAUAUAGAAAAUGGCACAAAACUUCCAGAACCAAAAAUAAUAGACAACACAAAGGAAGUGAAUGAGGAACAAAUAGACGAGGAAAAGACAGAGAAUGUGGAGGAAGUCAACAUAAUCGAAAUGAAAUCAGCUGAGGGCAUCACCAUUAAAAUAUAUUAUGGAGAUAUCACAAAGUUAUCAGUAGACUGUAUAGUAAAUGCCGCGAACGAACACCUCGCACAUGCUGGAGGGGUAGCAAGAGCCAUAGCAAAGGCAGCUGGGUCAGAAUUUGAGAAGGAAAGUAAGGACUAUGUGAAGACGCAUGGUCCCCUGUCGGUCGGAAGCUGCUGUGUGACGUCAGCGGGUAGACUUUCCUACAAACACGUUAUCCACACGGUUGGCCCAACGUGGAGCGACUAUAAAGAUAAGGAGAAAAAGUAUUGCUUAGGCGAUCUGCAGGAGGCGGUAGAAGUCACCUUUAGAAGGGCCGACAAAUUAAAGCUUACAUCAAUCGCUAUCCCAGCGAUCAGUUCUGGAAUAUUUGGUGUACCCAAGGAAAGUUGCGCUGAACAAUAUUGCAAGGCAGUCGAAUCCUUUGGUAAACAGUUUCCAGAAACAAGUCUUCAAGAAAUUCAUUUUGUUGAUAUAGAUAGUCAAAUGGUAAGUCUCAUUGGAACUGUCUUUGAAAAACACUUCGGCACAAAGUCGCUAACAAGAACAAUAUCCCUACCUGUCCAUCAGAAGUCCAGUAAUGACCGAGGCAGAGAGGGGCGAAGCAGAAGCCAGAGUCCUCGAGAUAAAGAAGAGAAGAGCGUUGUGUUUGAUAUUACAGACACAACGAGUCUAUCUAUAAAGGUCGGAGACAUCGCCUCCUAUCAAGGCUCAGCCAUUGUAUGUCCACAGGACAAGAAAUGCAACUCUAGAGGACAAAUUGCAAGAGCCAUUACCGAGAAACUGGAAAAUAUGGAGUUGGACAUGCCAAGCAUUCAAACUAAAGAAGAACAAACUCAUGGUAAAGUUAUUCCAGUGAAAGGAAAGCUCUCUGUCCCUUGGGAGUAUAUUUUCCAUGCUGUAUGCCCAAGAAAAAGUAAGGAAGAACCGCUACGUCAGUUUGAACAGAACCUGAAAGAGACCAUCAGGAAUGUGUUCGAAGAAGCUAAAAAACACAGUUUACAAAGCCUAGUGUGUCCUCUCCUUGGAGCAGGUUUUUCGACUUUAGACGGUCUUAAUGAAACUUGUUCUAAAUGUCUUGUUGACGUCGUCAAGGAUUUGAAGAAAGGGGUCUGUCCCCUUAAGAACAUAUGCGUUGUUGUUUCAUCUUUACCAAUACUAAACACUCUAAAAAGUGCGCUCAUUGAUGCAGGUUUCUCAUGCAAAACUUCGUCUAAAUCUGACAGUUGGAAAUAUUCCCACGAUGCAAGACCAAAACCUAGAUCUAGCUGCUGCACGACGACAAAAGCGGGAUAUCGUUGUUGUCAGUUUCAGCGAAAAGGUUCUCCCGUGAAAAAACCAAAAUUCAAAACGGCUGAAAAGUGUGACAUAUGCGCAGAGAGAGUAUAUAAUCCUAAAACACUUGACAAGUGUGGCCACGUGUUUUGCUGUAGGUGUAUCGAUCGCCAUUUAUUAUAUCACCCAGACUGCCCAACUUGUGGGAAGAAAUAUGAAAUGGUAAAAAGAGGUCAGCCCUUUGGAAUAAUGGAUAUCACCACAAAUCAGAAUAAGUUAGCUGGUUAUGAACAAUCAGACGGAACAAUCGUCAUUACUUAUACAUUCAAAGAGGGGUAUCAAACAUCUUUACAUCCAUCCCCUGGGAACAAAUACGCUGGAAUCAUCCGUAAAGCAUACAUCCCGUACACCGCCAAGGGACAACUAGUGACGCGUCUCCUGAAUGUGGCCUUCAGCAGACAGCUUCUGUUUACGGUGGCUUCCUCCUCCACCAAGUCUACUGAAGGAAUCAUCGUGUGGAAUGGGGUUCACCACAAAACUAGCGUAAACGGAGGAGAGCAGAGUUAUGGUUAUCCGGACAGCUCUUACUUGGAUCGUGUUCUGGACGAGUUGUACGCCAAGGGUGUGACCCCGGACAACAGCAAGCAGCGGACCGAGUACCAGGAAUUCUCACGCUGUUUUAAAGACUAGCAAGACUAAUUGUAUUCCAUAUUUUUUCAUAGAGAUUUCAUUAUCUAACUGUGUCUAAUGUUUCUUAUAUGUAGAAGUGCGACCAUUUUUAUGUUUUAUUAUAAAGUUUGAAUUGUAUACAACCGUUUUAUCCUCCUAAUAUCAUCCCGAAGAGAUAUUACGUUUGGAACUUUCCAAAUUCUUAGACCAUAAUAUUGUAAGUUAGAAAUAAAAUUUCUCCAUUUCUUAAAGCCUCGUAUAAAAUAUAUAAACUGUAAACAGUGAAAUUUUCGUUCCCGGUUUAUUUUCGCUCCUUUUUUCUCAUUGAAAUCAGGCAAAUUUUAAACGGGCAAACACGGCAUGGUCUUUCAAACAGAACUGUGUUUGCGCGAAUUCAAGACAGUGCAAAAUAAUGUGCAGGUGUCAAAAGACGAAAAUAACCCCGUAUACAGAAGUUUAUCCUUGAACUAUUGCUCAACAUUACUUGGACAAUUUGUGUAUAACAGAUCAAAUUUUGCCGUUUCAACUUCAAACUUUUCUAGGACAACAGGGCUAAAUGCAAAUAAAUUAUUCUUGGCACAAACAUCCUUAAUUUCUCCCAAUAAAUGCCUAUAUUUUGUCAUAUGAUUCUAAAAUAUCUUUUAAUUUUUUUUUUACAUUCACAUUUGUUGUUUGUGAGUUUCCAGGUUUUCUCUGUUACUACUGAAAAAUGCGAUUUUUUUAAUCUUGAUAUCAUGAUCGUUUUUGUUAAUAGUGAA